GAAGUUUAAAAAAGUGGAAGCCCUAUAAGGCGGGAAAAUCAGAAGAGGCGCGUCAGUCUUGUUCGUCUUCUCCGGAGAGGUUUUGCGGCGGAAUCCGAGGCGAAAAUAAUGCCAAAUUACAGCAUCAGAGGAAUCAAUGUUGAUUUCCCAUUCGAGGCGUACCAGUCUCAGAUCAUAUACAUGGACAGAGUCAUCGAGUCUCUUCAAAACAAAUGUCAUGCGCUUUUGGAGAGUCCUACUGGAACUGGGAAAACUCUUUGUCUUCUCUGUGCCACCUUAGCCUGGCGAAAGAGUCUGGGCUCUUUCUCAACCCGUAAGGAUCGCAAGAACUGUUCCAUUCCUUGGUCAGAUUCUGACGACCUAAUGUCACAAUCCGGAGGAGCUUUUCCUACCAUUAUUUAUGCGUCCCGGACUCAUAGUCAGCUCCGCCAAGUGAUCAAAGAAUUAAAAAGAUGUAGCUACAGGCCUAAGAUGGUGGUCCUAGGAUCGCGGGAGCAAUUAUGCGUUAAUGAGGAAGUCAACUCACUCCGUGGCAAAGCACUCACAAAUGCUUGUCAGUACCUUUGCAAAAAGCGCGGUAAACGCCAAUGCAACCAUUUCAAUCGCAUUCCAGAUUAUUUAAAGCAUAACACUCAUAUUGGCGACGAACCACUUGACAUUGAGGAUUUGGUCAAUAUUGGAAAAGAUUCCGGACCAUGCCCGUAUUAUAUCACAAGAGAGCUUCACAAGGACGUGGACAUCAUAUUUGCACCUUACAACUACUUGAUCAGCAAUGGCUAUAGAAAGUUUUUGAAAGUCAACUGGAAUAAUAGUGUCCUUAUUUUUGAUGAAGCGCACAAUCUGGAAAGUUUAUGCGCAGACUCAGCUUCAUUUGACCUUCCUUCAGUUCUUCUAUCGGCUUGCAUUUCUGAAGCACAAGAAUGUGUACAACUUGCGGCAGCAAGAAGGAAUUCAUUAAAUGACGUUUCCAUAAACCCUGAGAAUUUUGCUAUACUUAAAGGACUGCUUCUUAAGCUGCAGGAACUGAUUUCUAAAGUGCCAAUUCCAAAAAGGGACGAGGGAUUUACCAAGCCUGGCCCUUACAUAUAUGAAAUGCUUAAAAGCCUUAACAUCACUCACGAAACUGCUCCUAAACUCAUUGGUACAGUUGAGGAGGCUGCAGUGUUCCUGGAGGAGGAGAAACAACGAACAGCGACCAACGCUGGAAGCAAACUAGAAAUCAUUGCUGACAUGCUUAAGCUGAUCUUUAGAGAAAAUGGAAGUAACCAUGCAGAUGUUUAUCGUGUUCAUGUACAAGAGCUGGAGCAAAAUUCUACUGAUGUGAUGAAAGGCAAGGUAUCAAGAACGCUUAGCUGGUGGUGUUUCAGUCCUGGGAUUACCAUGCUGGACAUAGCAAAAAAAGGUGUUGGGUCUAUCAUUUUAACAUCGGGGACUUUGUCUCCCAUGGAUUCAUUGGCUCAAGAACUAAAACUAGACUUUCCCGUUCGGUUGGAGAAUCCCCAUGUUAUAUCCUCAAAUCAGCUAUGGGCUGGAGUUGUAAGUACUGGUCCAUCAGGGUACGUUCUUAAUUCUAGCUACCGCAAUCGUGAUGUACCAGAGUACAAACAAGAACUUGGGAAUGCCAUAGUCAACUUUUCUCGAGUCGUGCCUGAAGGAUUGCUGAUAUUUUUCCCUUCCUAUUACCUUAUGGACUCUUGCAUUUCAUUUUGGAAAAAUGGGUGUCACAGAAACUCAAUGACAGUAUGGGAAAGAAUUUGCAAGCUCAAGAAACCUGUCAUUGAACCUAAGGAUUCGUCCCUCUUUCCUGCAGCAAUGCAGGACUUCUCAGAAAAAUUGCAAGACAGAUCGACUUCUGGUGUGGUAUUUUUUGCCGUUUGUCGCGGUAAGGUCAGUGAAGGACUGGAUUUUGCUGACGGUGCUGGCAGAGCUGUCGUCAUUACUGGGUUACCUUAUGCCAGGGUGACAGAUCCUAGGGUAAUAUUGAAACGAGAGUUUCUGGAUGAACAAUCACAACUUGCAGAUGUCAAGCUUCCAAGAUCAACCCUUCUAUCUGGAAGCAUGUGGUACAGUCAAGAAGCCGCACGGGCUGUGAAUCAAGCAAUUGGACGUGUAAUCCGCCAUCGCCAUGAUUAUGGAGCUAUCAUCUUUUGUGAUGACAGAUUUGAACAACCGUCCCAGCAAUCCAAGAUAUCACUUUGGAUACGACCUAACGUCAAGUGCUACUCUAGAUAUGGAGAGGUUAUUUCUGACCUUGCACGAUUUUUCCGGACUGAAAGAUCAAACUUUCCUGCAAGGCUUGUAACAGAUCAAGAGAACAAUAUAGUUUCAACAUUGGUACCAAUGGAAUCAACCAAGGAUAAUCCUACACCAGCCUUUGGUAAUAGUAAUUUGAAAAACGUUGGAGUUGCGCAGAAUGAGUUGAGUAGACUGGAAGCAUUUCCUCCUGCAAAUCGGGCUUCACCCUUGGAGCGUGACGGAAAUAAUGUUAAAUGGAAAGGCCUGACCAUUCUUAAACAUACGGGCAAGAUACCUCACAUUGUAAAGGGAGAUGUUAUGCAGGGUUGUUCUUCACGGAAGGCUAAGUUAGUGGAACUAAGUGAUGAUGAGGAGACUCCGGUAGAGAGGAGAUGUGAAGUAGUGGAUCUAGAAUGCGACAACUGUGAGAAGCAGACCUGUGAAACAGAAGUGCUUGCAUCAAGCACAUGUUUCAACACAAUGGGACUAAAAAAAAAGCGAAAGGUUCAAGAGAGUCAGGGAAGUGCAUCGUCGUCAGUGUUGACAGCGAAAGGAAAUGGAGGUGGUAAUAAAAAGGAAGCAAGUGCAUCUGCAUUUUUGAGUCAAGUCAAAGAGAAGCUCAACACAGAAGAAUAUAAAAAGUUCAUUGGAUACAUGCAAGCAUUGAAGAAGAAGGAGAUUAAGUUAGCAAACGUGAUGGAGUCGAUUGUGCAACUGUUCUGUGGAAGAGAGAGGGAUCAUCUUCUCAUGGGAUUCAAGGACUUUGUGCCAGUAAAGUAUCGUCCUGCCUAUGAGGAAUGCAUUAAAACGAGAAAAAGAGAAGGCUGAUCGAUCAUCUUUUCAAACUCCAAUUGACAUUGUUACUCUCUCUACAUUCUUGUUGUAAGUAAACUCUAACAGCCUUAAGUGUAGCUGAGAAGGAAAGAAAGAAAGUAAAAAAUUUGUGACAAAA